CUGCGUGCGUGCCAAUGAUCGCCCUUUCCAGAUUACACACAUCCCUAUAGUAAGUAUACAUUACAUACAUCGCCCGCCCGGUCUUGCUUGGCUGCCUGGCCCAAUCCGUCCAUCCAUCCUUCAAAGAUAGAUGAUAUCCUCUUCUUCUUCUCCUCCUCCUCUUACUCCUCCUCCUCUGCAUUCCUUCUCCAAUCUCUCUUGGAUUAGCUUGUGUGUCACCCAUCCUGCCUCGUGUGUCACCCCCCUCGCUCCCCGUCACGCUAUCGUCUUUCCACCCACCCACAGCCCCACGCCACCACCCCCUGCUGACGUUUCUGGUGAGUGAGUGAGUGGACCGUAGAUUCCACCAUGUACUCUACUUACCCACCCCUCGAUCGCCCGUCCGUGCUCACUCCACUACAUGUACAACCCUCCGGCCCCUCCGCUCUUCUUCUGUCCUCCAUCCAUCCAUCCAUUCUUCUUCCCUCUGCACCCAACAAUUGUCUCUCUUCUUUGCACACCCCCAAUUGACCUUCUGACCAGCUCACCACUUUAAUCUCCGCCUUCUUUGUCCGUCCCCUACACCCUACCUCAUCACAGGGCAAUGGCCUCGGACCGCAACUCACCUCCGCUCCCCAGUCCCAGUGCAACCGAUCGGAGACGCGCCUCCGUCACCGGCCAGACUUUCCAAGAUCUCAUGGCCCGCCAGCCCAGCAUGUCGGCCCAACCCAACUCUCAGCCGUACCCCGGCCCCAUCACCACGGCCGCUGUCAACGCUCAGCGUCGCCGCUUGUCUCUGACCACUGUCGGCCUUUCCGCCUCGCCCCAGCAGCCCUCCUUCCAAUCCCGCCCACGCACCGAGAGCCUCUCCAGCGCCAACUCGGGUUCUGUCGACGAGAGUCCCUUUGAAGAUGACUUGGGUCCCGCUGCUUCUGCUUCGGGCAGCAACCCGGCUACACCCUUUGCUCGCCGUUUGAGCUUCGGUGCGCGUGCCAUGCGGGACGUUAGGCAGAGCAAUGGGAACGUUGGGAACUCCAAUGGUAGACCCUCCAUCCAUAAAGCCUCCUCUCCCCCGACUGCUAGAACUGCUAGAGGUCGAGGUGAAGGCUACAAUUUUGCCGAAAACAUGCGCAACCGUGCCGAGCGCAACUCCAUGUCCGGUACACACCCCAUGCAUAGGCCCGAGACGCACGCACGUGCCAAAUCCGUUGCCAUCAUGGAACCGCCUGUCCAAGAGAUGCCUAAGCAGCCCAAGGUGCCCGAUGCGAUGCAAGAGCGGAUCCUCAAGGGAGACUUCUACAUGGACUAG